AUGUCUUCAGGUACCGAUGGCAGCAAUGGCACUCUGGUAGUAGCAGGCCCAGACACCAUCCAAGUAGCAGACUUCUUUGUCAAAGCCUCUAUCCUGCAUCCACUGGUCAUUGGCUCCAUAGCCAUUAUAGUCCUCUUUACCUCCCUCCGCUUCUUCAGCAACCGUUCCAUCGCCGCCAUGAACGUCACAGACUGGAUCGCCAACGUCGCCAUCGGCAGCACAUUAGCCGGAAUCUGCAAUGGAAAUUCCCUCGUCCGAGGUCUUCUAUCCCUCUGCACCAUCCUAGGUUUUCAAUACUUGAUGUCUUUUAUCGGCGCUCGCUUGCCCUCUCAACAUGGUUGGAUCUUGACUUCACCACCAAUAAUCAUUGCUUUCCGUGGUAAACUAUUGACCAAAGUCAUGGUUCGCCAUCGCAUUUGUCUAGGAGAUUUUUACGCUUCCCUGCGUCAGAAGAAUAUUCUGGAUGUUUCGGAGUUGGAGUGUGUAUUUAUCGAAGCUAAUGGGGCGUUUUCGAUUUAUACGAGGAAACAGGUAGGUAUGUCGAAGAAAGUGGAUGUGUUGAUGAAUGUGCCGGGGUAUAGGAAGCUUUGUGAUGAUGCUGAUGAGAGGAUUAUAGAGGAUGGUGGGAGAAAAGAGGGAGAGAAGAAUUGUGAUGAUCAGCAGAAUGAUCUUGCUUAUGAUGCUUGUUGA